UUCGAUCUCACGCAAACACAAACGCACUCUCCUGAAAACCUAUCUUUUCCUCUGAAGAAGAAGAAGAAGAAGAAGAAGAAGACGAACAUCAACCAUGGCGGCAACUGUAACAAGCGCGUGGGCGAAACCUGGCGCGUGGGCCCUCGACUCCGAACAACACGAAGACGAACUCAACCAGCCACCACCAGCCCCUACUCCAGCACCACCAACCUCCGAUUUCCCGGACCUAAUGACCGCCGCAGCCACCAAAACAAAGAAAAAGAAAGCCCAGACACUUUCUCUCGGUCAAUUCGUUUCAAGCUCUUCAAAUCAGACUUAUCAAACCCCCAAAGGCUUAACCGCAGAGGAUCUCUUGAAUCUCCCCACCGGUCCACGUCAGCGCACGGCGGAGGAACUCGCCGGUACUAGGUUAGGCGGCGGUUUCAGAUCGUACGGUGAUCGGAACAACGAAUCUUCGAACUCGCGUUGGGGAUCUGGUAGGGGUAGCGGUGGUGGUGAUGAAGAGGGUAGGAGAUCUAGUAGGGAGCCGUUGGGGCCCUCACGUGCGGAUGAGAUUGAUGAUUGGGGUGCUAUGAAGAAAUCGACGGUUGGUGGUGGUUUUGAUAGGAGAGAGAGAGGUGGAGGAGGGGGUUUCGGUGAGGGUUCGCAUUCGCGGGCCGAUGAUUCCGAUAGCUGGGCGAGUAAUAAGACGUAUAGACCGACCGAGGGGCGGAAGUUUGGGGGGUUUGAGAAGGAGAGGAGGAUGGGAUUUGAGUCGAGUGGGGAUGCCGAUAAUUCGGAUAACUGGGGGAGGAAGAAGGAACCGAGAUUCAGCGGUGGGAGCGGGAGCGCAUUUGAUAGUUUGAGAGAAAGGCGAGUUGCGAAUGAUUCGUCAGAUUCCGAUACAUGGGGGAAAAAGAGGGAAGAAUCGAGCGUUGGUGGUGGUGGUGGUGGAGGCAGGCCUCGGUUGAAUUUGCAGCCUAGGAAGCUGCCUGUGGGUGAGGUUGAGAAUGUGAAACCUGCUAAAGGUUCUAACCCGUUUGGGGAAGCGAGGCCGAGAGAAGAGGUGUUGAAGGAAAAGGGUGAGGAUUGGAAGGAGAUUGAUGAGAAGCUUGAGGCCAUGAAAAUGAAGGAGUUAGGGUCGGGUGAUCGGUUUAAACGGGGUGGUGGUAAGCCGAGGUCUGUUGAGGAUUUGUCUGAGAAGAGCUGGAGAAAGAACCAGGCUGUGGAUGCUGAUGUUGCUCCCCCAAGUGGUGAGAACAAUGAAAAUGGUGGACAUACAGAAGAAUCAGAACCGAAACCUGAAGAAGAUGCACAGAAGUGAUGAGCAAUGGCAAAGUUUUGUGUUCUGUUUUUGUUGGUACUGUUGCAAGUUUUGUGUUCUGUUUUUGUUGGUACUGUUGCAAGUUUUGAUAGACUUUUGAUGAAGAGAGUGAUUUUUGUAGGAUUUAAAAUGCAUAAUUAUGUUAUUAAUUUAUCGUCAUUAUUUGUUCUUAUGUUAUUAA